GGUCAUUUUAAAAAUCCCGCUUGGUCAUUUUGUCCCCUUUUCUGGCCGUCUUUUCUCAUCAAACAGCAAUGCGGCUGGCUGUCCUGCCCAGCGCUACUUUCCUGCUGUGUAUCUCUCUGGUGUCCUGCCGCUGCCCUGCCACAUGCCGUUGCCCCGCCGGGCCGCCUCGCUGCCCCCCCGGCAUCAGCACGGUGCUGGACGAGUGCGGCUGCUGCCAAGUCUGCGCCCGGCAACUCUACGAAGACUGUGACGCGCUGUCGCCCUGCGACCCGCACAAGGGCCUGGAGUGCAAUUUGGGGGCCGAUCCCUUGGCCAGCCGGGGCAUCUGUUGGGCAAAGCAAGAAGGUCGGACCUGUGAAUACAACGGCCAGAUCUACCAGAAUGGGGAGAAUUUCCAGCCCAGCUGCAAACAUCAAUGCACUUGCAUUGAUGGGGCCGUGGGUUGCCAGCCACUCUGCCCGAUGGAGCUGCCCUUGGCCUCGCUGGGCUGCCCCAGCCCACGGCUCCUUAAGGUGCCCGGUCAGUGCUGCAAGAAGUUCGUGUGCCGCAAAGGACCCAAGACAUACGGAGAGGUCAGCCUGGGGUACCACACCAAUGAAGAAACCACUGGCAACGAGCUCAUUUAUGUGGGCAAAGGUGGACACUGGAAAAACCUGCCAGCCUGGAGGCCACUUUUCCAGAGUCCUGUGGCCAAACAGCAGCACAAAUGCUUGGCUCAGACCACGGACUGGUCGCCAUGCUCAAAGAGCUGCGGUUUUGGCAUCUCGACGCGCGUCUCCAGUGACAACCCCCAGUGCAAACUGAUCAAGGAGACCCAGCUGUGUCAGAUCAGGCCCUGUGGGCAGCCUGACUUUACCAAGCUCAAGAAGGGCAAGAAGUGCCUGAGGACACACAAAGUGCAGGAGCCCGUGCGAUUCAGCUAUGCCGGCUGCAAGAGCCCGCGGCGUUACCAGCCCAGUCACUGCGGGGCCUGCCUGGACGGCCGCUGCUGUGUGCCCUUGCGCACACGCACUCUGAGCGUGCCCUUCCAUUGCCCGGACGGGAGCUCCUUCUCAAAGAACGUCAUGAUGAUCCACACUUGCCGGUGUGGCCCGGCUUAUUGCCCGCUGCUCGGCGAAGCUGCCAUGGGCCCCCAGUACCAGCUGAACGGGGACAUUCACCAGUUCCUGGAGUGACCGCGUCCUGCAGUGCCCCCUGCUGGUGGCGUAUGAGCCAAGUCAAGCUCUCAAAUGACUUUGGAUCACCCUCGUGGUCUUGAGGUCCUUCCGCUUGAUCUAGGGAGCCAGGACAUGCCAGACCUGCUCCGCUUCCGUGAAUGCCAGUCUGACUAAAACUUUGAAAGCAGUGUGGAUUUUGGAGGCAUGCCAAUUCCUCAGCAUUUGGGGAAUGCGCCAUGCUGUGCUGGGAGCCUGGAUAUCCCAGCUGUUUGAGGAACAGUUCUCAUGACACUGGGUUUAGUCUCUCCAUGUAGGCCCAGGCUGGAACUGGGCUUUUGGCAACUUAUGGAGACUCCAACAAAGAAAUUGCCUCAUUGCUACGCACCUUCCUUUUAGGGCUUCGGUUUCUAUGCUUUUGGCCAUAACGCAGAAAUCUUGGCGCCAGGCACUAGAUAGAGAUAGCUGCAGGUCCUCUGGUCCUAGUUGCCAGAUCCCUAGAAGGACGAUGCUCUGACAUCCUUCAGGUUUCAUGCUUGGAAACAGCAAAAAGUGACACAAAGCAGCUGCACUGCAUCCAAACUAGAGUAAGGGCUCAGGAACGUCAUUUGUAGAAGGAAUGUCAUUGCUGUUUAGAGUGGGAUCCAGCAACCUGACCUCAGGAGAGCCCCAUGAGUGGAAGGGCUGAAACUGCUGGGUACUAAUUUGGUUUUUACCUUGUGAAUUUUCUGAGGGAGAGCACUCCCCAAAGGUUGAUUGGAACCUGCUUCCUCAUAACUGUGUGGUUUGCCUCUGGGAGGGUAUCAGGCGGGGGAAGGCUUACACAAAGUGUUGGACUGCCAUUCCUAACAUCUCCACUUGCCUGGGAAUGAUGGGCAUUACAGUCCAACACACCUGGUGAGCUCUAGGUAGGGGAAGGCUGACCUGUGCCUCUAGUUCAUCCUUUUUGCUCCACAGUCUGAAGAGUGCCUUCCGUCAGUCUGUCCCCUUUUAAUCAACCAGCUUGCCCUGCCUCCUGCUCACAGCUCUCUCUGGUGGUGAGCUGCACCUGGAGACACCCAUUUGCAGAAUUGGAAAGGAUGGGAAAGUCUGCGUGAAGGCAAGAGCACAGCAUGCUGCCUGUUCAGCUCCUUUCCCUGUGCUGUGAUGGUGUCUCCGUUCACCCUACUUAGAGUUGUUAAACCUUCUUUUAUUCUUAGCAGGAGUGGAACUGGGGGCUAAAUUAAAAACAGAAGGAAAAACCAGAGCACAUAUCCACACUGUGGCUUAAACACACAAGCAAAACACUGAGAAAGUUAAAGGUAGUUGAAAGAGGGAUUGUUAUUUACAAUAUAUAUGUUCAUCCCACAUUGGUUUGUGGUAAAAUAAGUUGGAAAAGUUUGCUGUACUAUCUCAAGUUCCGAUUGUCCAGGGCUGACAAUUGCAGAAAAGGAGCAAUGCAUUUCUCAGACCAUGUUCAUCUUCUUGAAAGCAAUGUUCUGGCUCCAGCUUACUGCAAGCUGGUUGCAGGAACUGUGGCAUGUGAAAGGAAACCUCUGCCUGGGCAAGAGACACUUUACUCCCCAGCAAAUCAGUCACAACAUCACUGAGCCAAGGAGUGUCCCCACUGCAAUCACUAAAGCACUUUUAAAAUUUCUUCCUGUUUGCCACAUGUUCCUGGAGAGUAGCAAAAGGAAUGGUCCAAAGAACAAGAUGCUGUCUUGGAAAGGAUCCGAAGCUGUUAGUCAUCCUUGUGAGUUUGGGAAAACCUGUAUUUAUGGGAGCAGCAAAGUAAUUUUUGCCUUGAAGAAGGAGAAUUUAUUCUAUGUACUCCCCACCCCCCUUUGCAUAAAAGAAAGCUUCAAUGCCAGAUUGGAGUGAAGGCUAUUUAGCUUCAUAAUGAAGCCCCUCCAUGCUUUGCAUUGUUUAAACAGAGCUUUGAUUCCACGCUUCCCAGCUUGGAUCUUUACUAUCGCUAGAGUAAAUAGUGAAAUGUUUUAUCA